GCUCUGUUGACUGACAUUUUUUGUUUGUCUCUGGUCAUUAAUAAUUCUGUGUUUUGUGUGGUCAUAACUAGUGAUAUUUCGAUAAUCGAAUAAAAAUCUACACGCGUGUUCAUUUAAUGGUCACAUAAUAAUUGAUUUGAUUGCAAGAAUUUUCUCAUCUAUUUUUUUUUUAAAUUGCUAUCUUUUUACCAACGAUAAACAAUGGAAUUAGAUUGUCAAAAUGCUGCUCGUGGUGUUUGGCUAGUCAAAGUACCGAAAUAUAUUUCACAACGAUGGUCAAAACAGAAACCAAUGACCGAAAUUGGUCGAUUAAACAUUACCAGAAAUUCAUUAGGAAAAAUGGAAGUAUUGUUCAAUCUAUCCGAUCAGGUAAUACGUACAGAUCCAAAUCAAGAUUCGGCACCAUCAUCAUCAUCAUCAUCGACGUCGACAACGAAAACAUCCACUAAUAAUAAAUCAUCAUCAACAACAUCGGCUUUAACAACAACAAUAACGACCGUAUCAUCGACAUCGUCAUCAUCAUCAUCGACAACUGCAACAACAACAACAAUAGGAAAAACAAAUAAACCAACAACCACAAGUAUACCGGCUGAACAUAAAUUUGCCGUAUCAAAUAUCAAUCAUCAAACAUUGGCCAUAUUUUCACAAGAUGAAAAUAAUAAAUUAGCAUUAGAAGGACAAGUAGUACAAAAAGGUGAAUGUCGUCCAAUUGGUGAUGCACAUUAUAUGAAUCUGAAAAAAGAGACAAUACGUCGUGCAUCGCAGCCAACAAAAAUAGUACAAAAAUUGGAUCGUGCCAUCAAUAAUUUUAAACCAAUCACUUUUCAUCGUAGUGAGCUCGAUAAUGAACGGAAAAAAAUGAAUGAAGGUAAAAAGAUGCGUGAUGAUAAAGAAAUUGUACAGAAUACAUUGUUCACUGCAUUUGAAAAACAUCAAUAUUAUAAUAUUAAAGAUUUGGAACGGCUAACCAAACAACCAGUGCCAUAUCUGAAAGAAAUACUCAAAGAAAUAUGUAAUUAUAAUGCAAAAAAUCCGCAUAAAAAUAUGUGGGAAUUGAAGCCACAAUUUCGUCAUUAUGCUAAAAAUAAUAAUAAAGACAAUUAAAAACAGGACAAUCAUUUUCAGCUCUCUCAUAAAAAAGUUCUGCUAUGUCUAUGUCUAUGUCUGUGAACCACAAUAAUAAUUUCCAAAUUUUUUUUUCUUGUUCAAUUUGACAUUUUUUUUUCUAUUACCAUUUCUCUUGAAAUUCGUAUGAAUAAAUGAAUUAAAAACUUUUAAUUUGAAACUAAAAAAAAAA